AUGUGCCGAUCAAAACUUGCGAUCACGCUUUUCUUGCUAAUUUCAGUGAACGCAAGGCCUCAAGAAGAGAAAAUAUCACAAUAUGACUUUGUUAUUGUUGGAGGAGGUACAAGUGGCUUGGUUGUUGCCAACAGACUUUCAGAGAUGAGCGACGUUACUGUGGCUGUCAUCGAAGCUGGAGAUUCAGUUCUUAACAAUUCAAAUGUGACCAGCGUUACAGGAUACGGUCGUAGCUUUGGUACGGCUAUUGACUGGCAAUACCAAACCGAGGACCAAAAUUACGCUGGAGGAUCGAAGCAGAUUAUGCGCGCUGGAAAAGCUAUAGGAGGUACAAGCACUAUUAACGGCAUGUCAUACACUCGGGCGCAAAAUGUGCAAAUUGACAGUUGGGAAUUACUUGGAAACAAAGGAUGGAAUUGGCAGAGCCUAUUCCCUUACUACAUGAAAUCAGAGGGAUUCCAGGUACCCACUCAAGACCAAAUUUCGUUUGGUGCAGACUACUACUCAGACUAUCAUGGAGAGCAUGGUCCGAUGAAAGUCGGCUGGCCGAAAUUCUUGACCAACAGCAGCGUACUUCCUGUGCUUGACGAAUCCUUUAACCAACUAGGUGUCCCUUAUAAUCGUGACGUUAAUGGCGGCCUUAUGGUUGGGUUAACCUCUCAUCCUAAUACAAUCGACAGCGAGGCAAACGUUCGCCAUGAUGCCGCCAGAGCCUACUACUGGCCAUAUCAAAGUCGACCUAACCUCAAGAUUAUCUCAAAUACAUACGCGAACAAAAUAAUUUGGGGCAAUGAUUCGGACGGUGACGCAGUCGCAAUUGGAGUCGAAAUUAAUAAUAUAAAUGGAAAGCAGAUAAUACACGCUUCAAAGGAGGUUAUCUUGUCAGCUGGAUCUUUGAAGUCACCUAUCCUCUUAGAGUUGUCCGGCAUUGGCAACCCCGAUAUUCUCAGCAAACACGAUAUCCCCGUCAAAGUCAACAUUUCCACUGUCGGAGAGAACUUGCAGGAUCAAACAAACAACGGUCUUUCCUACGAGGGAAAGGAGUUUUGGCUGGGCUCACCAACUUUCUCCGCCUUACCGUCCGCUGACCAGCUAUACGGAAACAGUUUCUAUACUGUCGCCUCCAAAAUUAAUUCCAGUCUCGCCGAUUAUGCCGAAACUAUCGCCAACUCUUCGAAUGGUGCGCUCAAAGCAUCUAACCUUCUCGCUGUAUUCGAGAUGCAGUGGGAUUUGAUCUUCAGGUCAAAAGUUCCAUUUGCGGAGAUCGUGUUCCUCCCAAUUUCACACACAUUUUCUGUUGAAUAUUGGCCUCUACUUCCUUUCUCAAGAGGCAGUAUACACAUUAAAUCCGCAGACGCCUCGGAACCGGCAGCAAUCAAUCCGAAUUAUUUUAUGUUCAAGCAAGAUCUUACUACGCAGGCCGAUGUGGCUCGCUAUAUUCGGAAGGUAUUCGGUACUCUUCCUCUGGGAGAUCUUGUGGGAGACGAGCGUGCACCGGGACUGGAGCAUGUUCCUGAUAAUGCAACCGACUCUACCUGGGAUGGCUGGGUUAAGGCCAACUACAGAUCAAACUUCCACCCAGUCGGCACGGCUAGCAUGCUUCCCCGGAGCAAAGGUGGAGUUGUGAACACUGAUCUCAAGGUUUACGGUACCAAGAAUGUCCGGGUGAUUGAUGCAUCUGUAUUGCCAUACCAACUUUGUGGACACUUGACAAGCACUCUUUAUGCCGUGGCCGAAAGGGCAUCGGAUCUGAUCAAGAGGAGAUAUACAUUUUGA